UCUUUUCAGAGAAAGUUGCAAUCAAGAUUUUGGACAAGACAAAACUAGACCGGAAGACUCAACGUUUGCUGUCUCGUGAGAUAUCGAGCAUGGAAAAGCUGCACCACCCAAAUAUCAUCAGACUCUAUGAGGUGGUGGAGACACUCUCUAAACUGCACCUGGUGAUGGAGUAUGCAGGAGGUGGGGAGCUCUUCACUAAAAUCAGUACAGAAGGGAAGCUGCUAGAAACAGAGUGUAAAAUAAUCUUCUCCCAGAUUGUGUCUGCUGUGAAGCACAUGCAUGAGAAUAAUAUAAUUCACCGGGACUUGAAAGCAGAAAAUGUCUUCUACACCAGUAACACUUGUGUUAAGGUGGGAGACUUUGGAUUCAGCACAAUAAGUAAAAGAGAUGAAACUUUAAAUACUUUCUGUGGCUCUCCUCCUUAUGCUGCCCCUGAACUCUUCCGAGAUGAAAACUAUGUUGGCAUUUACGUAGAUAUAUGGGCUCUGGGCAUUCUGUUAUACUUCAUGACAACGGGGAUCAUGCCAUUUCGGGCAGACACAGUGGCCAAACUGAAAAAGUGCAUUCUUGAAGGGACAUACAGUUUGCCUCCCUGCCUCUCAGAAACUUGCCAGAAACUGAUAAAAGGAGUUCUUCAGCCAGUACCAACCGAACGAUACUCUGUCAAACUUAUUAUGAACAGUGAAUGGAUGCAAGGAAUACAGUACCCCAAACCUUUACAGCCAUUUAAACUGGAUCCAAAGUACUUAUCAGACAUUAGCACACUCAAAGAGGAAGAAAUUGAAGUGAAAAAUAUUCUAGAAGAUCUGGGAAUCACAGACCACCACAUUCAAAAUAACCGGGGAAGAGAUGCGCGCAGCUCAAUAACAGGAGUCUACAGGAUUGUUUUGCACAAAGUACAGAAGAAAAGGGCACUUGAGUGUGUUCCCAUCAUUUCCCAUCCAGACUCCAAAGAACAAGACUUGAGGAGAGGAAUCAGUGCUCACAGUGGGGUGAAGCAUGCAUCCAAGCUGUGUUCUAUUUUAUAA